AAGCGCCAGGCCUUGCGUGGAAAGCCCGGCUUGAGUCUUCUCUUCAGGUGGGAGGCUGCCUUCGUCUUCAAUGUGAAAGGUAUUCUUUCCGACAUUGCCGCGGAUGUGAUUGGGCCCAUUCAUCUGGUGGACGGAUCCCUGGACUCGGGGGAGGCGCGGUACCUCGGCGAGCUCCUAACGGUGGAAGAUGCCAGGACGACGAAGCCGGACAAGGACGGCUUCGAUGCACGUCUUGACUGGGUUGAGACUGGCUGGCAGGAGUCUGAGGGCAUCCUCGAUGCAGACAGCAUGUGCACGGUUCAAGUACUGCUUCGCAGGGUUGGCGAGACCUUGGAGUAUGCCAGGAAGCGUGGGUCCACUGUGAGGCUGAGGGUCAAACCGACAAGGCUGGCAUAUGCUGCCAGCGAGCCUGGCCUGCGUCUGGGCUUGUCCUCGCCGUCCUCCGUGCAGGACCGCCUGGCAACCGUGGUCAGCUUCUCGGAUUCCGGGGAAGUCCUCGUGAAAGUCGACGGCGGAGAGGAGGAGAUGCUGGAUCCUCGGCCUAGUACCGUCGUGGUGGCGAGCACCGUUGAGCGGGAUGCCAAGUCCUGCUGCUCCACGACGAAGAGCAUCUCGUCCAGGCAGAAGUGCUUGGCUACCUGGGAAGGUGUGCGCUACACAACCGCCGGCGCUUCAGAGGAACACGAGGUGGACUUGAAUGAGAUGAACCACAGCCUGCAGCGCUUCGCAAGCCUGCAAGACUACGAAGCGACCCGGAUCGAGUAUUGCAAGAAGGUGGUGGAGGACGGACGGUACAUUGAGGAUGCGAUCACCGGCAAUCGCGUGGACAUUUCUGAGCAGAUUGUGCGGGUGCAAAUGGAGGUGCGACAGCAUCAAGAUGCGGACAGCAUUAGGCACAUGGCCUUCGACGACUUGGAAUGGAUCUCGGACACCGUCUUUCACCUCGGAGAUCGUGUCUGGGCGCAAGGCCGCGAGGGCAUCGUCGAGCACCUGCAGAAGCACGGCCGAUACGUCGUCAAGUACUCUGAUGGAACAUCGUCUCCAGCUUUGCCUUCCAGCUCCAUCAAACGGGGGCGACCCAUCUCCGGAGUGCAAAACUCGUCCUUUGAGAAGGCUUCGUUGCAAGCCUGGCUGAGGGACAUGGACUCCUGGUGGAAGGGGAAGGUCAGCAUGAUCGGAAUGGCCAUUGGUUUCAUGCUGGUUGCUGCACUGACAUACUCAUAUGUGGCAUUUUGGAUCGAUGGGCUGAUCGCCCCAGACGAAACGAAGCUUUGGAAUAGCGACUCAUACGAGGAUCGGCUCCGCAAUACUUCUCAUCUGCCGGCAGAUUGCAUGCGCUUUCUGCAGACGGAUGUUGUAGAAGAAGUAGACUCCUGCUUGCAGUGGUGUCGACAUAGCCUCGGCCCAGGCAGUUGCAUCGCGUAUGCAUUCAGCUACGAUCACGUCAUCAAGACUGCUACACAUAGGAAUGCUUCCGUCCGCAUUAUCUACGGCACUUGCUUGAAGGUGGAAGUUGCUGCGUUUGCAAGGCGAAUCAUACCUUCGCAGGGACUGGUGUACUUAUGGGCCCUUGCAUACAUCAUUCUUUGCUUGGUGCUGCUCGGGUCCGGCGGUGUCUUUGACAGAUGGCCAGGGUGCGAUGAGGCCCGUGCCGUGGUUUUGUUAGCUCGGCCAGCACUGGACCUCGUGGUCUUCUUGACUUUCCUGCGAAGCGGCCAGCCCUACUACGCGGUCUUCAUGUGUGCGGGCCUUUUGAUGUCCUACAUGCUGCUGUCCAAAGGGACAUCAGGUUUUACACCGCUGUUUACUAAAGGAGUUAUCGAUGGUCUGAAGGAGGUCAGGGACAACGGGAAAGAAAGCAAGAAGCUGAAGAAAAUCAAGGCUGCCGAGACCUUCGAGUGCUUCAUGGGCACAACAGUGCAGAUUUAUAGCAUCCUGAGAAUGCCACCGGAGUAUGCCCGUUUAAUGAAAGUGCUUCCGCUCACCGUUAUAGUAAGUUGGAAACUCUUUCACACGCUUCCCGACUGUGCUUGGGCAAUUUACAGUCUCGCCAAGCUCGACAGUAACGGGACGAUACAGCGGAAGGUUCAGGGCAGGGUCCAGCGCUUAGUCCAUAGUUUCUUGAGCUUGCUUUGCUGCUGCGUGGCUCUAGCCACAUGGUUCGUGAUUGCCUAUGCACGACAAGACGUCAGUGGAGUGCGGUACGUGGCAUGCUGUUGGCAGCUAGUUGAUCGUUUGUUGGCGGCACAUACGACAGCGUGGAUGAAUGAGCAGUGGUCCCAGGCGGUUGCGUUGCUGCUGUUGAUGCCGUUUCGCGCAGCGGCCUUCUUAUCGCUGUUGGCAUGGCCGAUCAUCACGAUCAUGUGGGCAAGCGUUUUCGUUGCGGAAGCCUGUUGGAACACAGCGGACAGGUCGGCUGACAAAGCUCGGCGUAUUUAUUCGUACCGGUCAGAGGAUGGCUCUGAUGCAGACGAUAGCAGUAACACCGAUGUCCGGGACAUCUCCGAGAUGGUCCCGCUGCUGCUGCACAAGAGCCGCGUGGUCCAAGGGAGAUCCCACGGUGCUCACUCGUGCCAGCCCGUGCUGAUCAGGGCCGGACCCGGCACUGGGAAGACUUGGUCGAUGCAACAGCUGCUGCUUUUGCUGGCCCAGGAACUGGCCGGAGGAGGUCAGAAAGAGGACUUCGUCAAGUUUCGCUUCGUGCCCCUACUGAUUCCCAUACAAAAGCUGGCGCGAAUGUUGCGGCAAAGAUCGGCGUCAGACGAGGAAGCAUCGUCAAACCUGGUCCUGUUCUUCAUCCGGACCGAGUAUCCCCAGGGACCUACCAGGAACAUGCUGGAGCAAGCCUUCGAGAUGCGAAGCUUGAUUGUAAUGCUGGAUGGAAUUGAUGAGGCAGCCAACAUGAAGCUAGCCGUGGAGGAGUUCGUGACGAAGACUCUGGUAUUGAUGGGCGUUCCCCUCCUGGUGACAUCCCGGCCCGAGGGCAUCAGGAAACGCCUCUAUUCCAGGAGCUUCAUCAUCAUGAACUUGCAGCCGCUGAGCGGGGACCAACAGCACAAGAUCAUCGAGAAGCAACUUCAGCAAAAUUCCUUCUUCAAGCACCUUGUGUCCUUCAGCAGGGCCCGGCAAGCUCUGGAGGAAGCCUUCCAAAGCAACUUCCCGGAAUCCAGUGCGGACCGCCGCGCGCUUGAGGCACUUCCGCAGAUGGUCGAGGAGGCUGUGGCGCCAGCCACAGCGGUGAUUGAUCACGAACUCUUCGCGGCCGUGUUCUUCUGUGCGGCCGUUCGCUUGCUAGCGAGCGCGGGGCUGAAUCCGGCAUGCCUGCAGCUUCCACUGGACCCGCAAGACGCAGAGAAGGACCCGGCAGAAACUCGAGAUGUCCAGAAAAGGCUGAGCAUCCACUCCAAGAAGCUUGGCAUGAUCAAGGCGGAUUUCGUGUGUCCUAGCGCCGCCUCACUGGCGAGCCUCUGCAAGACGUUGCUGACGGGCUUCACGGUGCAAAUCGACGGAGAGCCCGCCAGUCUUCAUGUUGCUCGUCGCUGGAGCUCCUUUCAAGAUCCUGGCCCGACUCGGCUUCGGUUCCUGCGGUACGAACUCAGACUGAAAUUCCAGGAUGCAUCUCACACCGCUCAGGUGCAGAUCCAUCAUUCAGAAUGCCUGUCUGCGUAUAGGACUUCGCAGAUGCAGGAGCACUACACGCAUCUCCAGAAAAGCCUCAAGAAUCAAGGUGGACUUGAGACUUUUGAUGCCAUGCUGGAGGCCAGAAUGUCGGUCUUCGACGCCAUCUGCCGCAUCCCCGUGCUCCUAUCGGUGUUGGCCUGUGCCUUUGCUGUGGAGACCCAGCGCCUGCCGCAGAACCUCUAUGACCUCUACGAGAUGGGCAUGCUCUCUACCCUUGAACGGCGGGUUGGAAAGGACCGAGUGCAGGCUGUGCUGGAGAUGCUGCAGGCAAUCGCUGUGGCCAAUCACAUAGCAAAGCGACGUACGUUCCAGGCAGAGGAUCUUCGAGCAGCACUGAAGGAGCCAAGCCAACUGGCAUUGUGGUCACAGUUGCUGGAGGAUGGCUCUGUCCCUUUGGUCAAGAUCCUGACCCUGGGCGACAUGACGGGCGAGUUUCAGUUUAGCCACCUCAGUUUCCAAGAGGCUUUGUUCGUCCGAGCCCUCAGCGCCAGCGACCGAGGCAAGCAGUUUCGAUGUUUCUGGGGCUCCGACACCUCGCUGAACUCCAGCUUGAAUGACCCCUUCUACCGCAACACCUUCGUCAUUGGUCGGGGCUACCUUGGCGAAGCCUUGGCAAGCUCCCAGCCCUCCUUCAACUUCGACUGCCAGCCACGGCUGUCUGGUCUGGGUCGAGAAGGCCUUCGGCACUUGUUGGCAGGCACUCGAUCCCUCCGUAGCCUGCAGCUUGGAAACGUGGACCUUGGAGGUCAGAUCUGGGCAGAUCUGGUCAAUUCCAUGCUUCCGGGGCUUUCUCUCCAGGAGCUGGUGCUCAGCCGAUGCCAGCUCUCGGCUGUAAAGCCUCUGGGAGCCUUGCUCAGGGCCUGCCCCAAGUUGCGCCUGUUGGAUUUGGAAGGCAACAAGAAUAUUCUAAAAAUUCCUUCCGAGGUGGGCGAGUUGCAGGAAACAGUUGGGGAGUGUAAGCUCGACCACUUAGAGGUGCUCAGCCUACGAUGGUGCCACAUCUCCAUAUCAUCGGGGACUUGCAUCAAAGGCUUCUUGACGGCCAACUGCCCUGCACUGACCAGGAUAGAUCUCCAAGGAAACCGGGGUCUCUCUCGAAGUUUGUUUGCGGACACCUCCUUGGCGGCCUACAUUCAGGGCUGCUAA